AUGGGCCAAGCUGCCUGGAAUGGGAGCGGGACCCCCGACUUCGUGCUCCUAGGGCUGUGGGCCCCGCCUGCCCUGCGGCCCUUGCUGUGGGCAGCGCUCCUGCUGGCCUACGUGGCCACCGUGCUGGGGAACAGCGCGCUGGUGGGGCUGAUCGCGCUGGACCAGCGGCUGCACCGGCCCAUGUACCGCCUGCUGACGCACCUGGCGCUGCUGGACACAGCCUACGUGAGCACCACGCUGCCACAGGCACUGGGGCACAUGGUGGCGCGCCGGGCCCGCCUCUCCCUGGCGCGCUGUGGGACGCAGCUCUACGUGGGCAUCUCCCUGGGCAGCUGCGAGGCCAUUCUCCUGGCCGCCAUGGCGCUGGACCGCUGCCUGGCCGUGUGCCAGCCCCUGCGCUACGCGGCGCUCAUGACUCCGGCGCGCUGCGCGGCUCUGGGCGGCACGGCCUGGGUGCUGGGCUUCGCCUUGUCGGUGCCCAACGCCGCGGCCGCGCUGCGCCUGCCCUACUGCCCCGGGAGGCCCCCGGUGGACCACUUCUUCUGCGAGCUUCCGGCUGUGCUGAGGACGGCGUGCGCAGACACCACUGCCAACCACCUGCUGGUGUACGGCCUGGGCACGCCCAUCCUCCUGGUGCCUUUGGCCUUCAUCCUUGCCUCCUACGUCCUGAUUCUGGCUGCCGUGCGCAAGCUGCCUUCGACCAAGAGCUGCCUCAAGGCCUUGUCCACCUGCAGCUCGCACCUGGCCGUGGUGGGGCUCUUUUACGGCACGGUGACGGCCAUGUACCUGCGCCCUCGCGCCUCCAGCGCCCUCCCCGCCAGGCAUCACAAGCUGGUGGCUGUGUUCUACCUUGUGGUCACGCCCGUCCUGAACCCCCUCAUCUACAGCCUCCGAAACCGCGAGGUCCACGCCGCAGCCCGCUACGCGCUCACCCGGCUCCGGGGAACCCGCACCGCGCUGCGCUGA